AUGAGCAGCUCUCAACAAUCUUACCAGGACACCUCCAGUCAACACACUGACGGCGCAGCCGACUCUUCUGCGUCCAAGCCAAGACGAGGUGCACCGAGGAAGCAGACUCGUGAAAAAGUCAAUCGACACAAUGCAGGCAAAGCAGCCAGAACGCAAGAUUUAGAAACCCAAAUUACGGAACUCGAGUCGAAGACCGACGCGACGAAUACAGAGAAUGCCGAGUUGAGGAGUGUUAUCGCGAGUUUGCGCUCUGAAAUCUGGUCGAUACAAGAAGAGAUGGAUGGUGAGAUGGUGGAGGAUGAUGAGGGCGACUGGCGUGUUUGA